AUGUCUUUCCAGAAGUCUCCACUUCUAGCGAGUAAUCCCUUUAAGGAACCCUUAAGAAGCAGCGGUGGCGGCGGCGGAGACCUUCCCGGUACGAUUAAUGAGCAUGAGGUUACAGUUGCGCAGGAUAUCAAACAGGGCGAUGCCAAAAUGGCAGCAGAUCUCGCCAUCUUAACCGGCCAGCCGAAUGUAAAAAACCCCGUGAAGCAACUGCUCACGCAGCGUGAGAAUGCCACUACAGGUUCUGCUCCAUCGCACCUCAAUAAAAGUGGUCAGCACACGGUGGAGAUUAGGGAGAUGCACAACACAGGAACAUUUAUUGCCAAAAAAAGAGAGGUUGGUCUGAUGCGGUUGGCCCUGGCAAAUAAGGAGUCGGAAAUACGGCACCUUGAGGAGGAGAUGGACCGCGUUGACAAGAAACUUCGCCAGCAACAGGAGCAGCUUGCCAGUACGGAGGAGAAGUUUAAUAACUUUCUCAAAUACAGUAACUUGGAACAAGACGCUGCCGUGCGCCGGGCGGAACGUGAGAGUAAGGCCAAACAGAAACGACUCAUUGAUAUUAAGAAGCUUUCGGCACAAAUAAAUCACUUAGAGCAAGAUAUGCGCAAAACGGAGGUGCAACUGGAGCUCUGUAUGGAGUAUAAAACAUUUAUGGACAACCUCACGCCACCUCAGUUCUUUUUUGAUGUGCUGACCAACUUCCGCGUCAAGGAAAUCAACGGUAAAAUAUUGCAAGAGACUGAAGCGGCGUAUGCCCGGCAGGCCAGAAAGUUGAGGAAGCAGUACGAAGAAGCGGAAGCGCGGCGUGCAUCAAGAGAGGCUGAGAAAAACUCGAACAACAACGCUAUAUUUGAUGAUAUGGAUGAUAGCAAUAAAGAAGACGAGGAGGAGGAGGAGUUAAUUCCCCUUGAGACUCAGUUGGAGGGACUGCACCGGAGGUUCGAAGAGGAGGCGAACCGACGACAGGCGGAGGAGGUGGAAGUCAUUCGAAAUGAAAUCAGCGCCCUCACCGCUGAAGAGGUUCGUGAGGCGCUGCACAACAGUUACCCACACGAUAAAAUUCCCAUGUAUUUUACGGAGCCAGAGCAAAUUCUUGACAUCUUCAUUAAUGUUGAAGAGGGAAAUUUGUUCCUUAUUCAAAACAGUCAAGAGUUGGAGGAGGAGUUGGAACGUGUUGCCAUGGAGUUCCUGCACGAGCGGGAGGAAAUGGAUGCGAUGGUGAAGCAAAGGCAAACCCAGAUGGAUUCACUUGUAUCUCGUAUCAAGGAAUCCCAAGAUCGUCUAGCCCAAUUGGAGGAACGGCUGGUAGAUUUAGAAAGCAGUGACGCUGCCGGGCUGUCGAUGGUCGAUAGUGCAGGUGGACGCGGUGUAGCGGGUUAUGCAAAGACGGUGAAAGUUGCCAUGACACAAGAAGUGCUAAAGAAAAGCAUUGAACAGACGGUAGGUGAUAUUUUUCGCUGCAUCAAUCAAAGACCUACCAACCCUUCGCGGCAUCAAGAUGGUGUUGAUGGCGGGAACUCCCCAGUGCAUCCUUCAGGAAAGCGGAAGCAUUCUGCUGUUGUGGCAAAUAGAGGUCCAGCACUCGAUAAAAAGAAUGCAGCUAAAGGUAAGAAGAAAGGCCAGACCGCAUCGGCUGUUGCACCGGGUGCCACUGGUCCAACUGGCACGCAAGCUGAAAGUGAGACAAGUGCUAACAUGGGGCCAGUGGAGAUGCUUACCAUUAUUGAAAAUAAAGUAGAUGAGUACCACCGGUACAUCACAGACCCAAAGAAUGGCGUAGAGCAGUCACUGAUCAUGUCCGUCUUGAAAACUCGUGAUAAGGAGCGCCGACAUGCAGCUCGUGUACUUCACUUGGCUAAACAGCUAGCGGAGCGUGAGGAGCGCAACCAACGUGCUCUUGAGCGUUCACAGGCCACAGUGGUGAAGUAUCGGGGCAAACCCAUAAUGUGGCGGUCGAGACCCCCAGCCAACGCGCUCCGCCGCACUGAGGUGGAUCCAAACAACCCAGCACCGAGAGACCCCGAACAGGAUGACGAGUUCUUCCGUGCCUAG